AUCCAAAUAUCAGAAAAUUGUACCAGUGAGAGUAGGCAAGAAUCUCAUUCAGCAAUUCGGAGAAAAUGGGUUAUCAGUUGCUCUUAAUAGUUGCAGUGUUCACUGUCAUAGCAGCUGGAGAGGGAAACAUCAAUGGAGGUGAUGUAUGCAACUCCAAUGAUCUGAAAGGGCUAACCAGCUUCAAGGUUGGAAUUCAAAUUGACACAUCCGAGCGUUUAGCCAAGUGGGUUGGGCAAAGUUGUUGCAGCUGGGAAGGCAUUUCUUGUGAUAAUAUGACUGGUAGAGUGACUGAAAUUCAUCUUCCAGGAUUCAUCUCCACGGAUGAUUUUGUCUUUCAGUCGCGGAUGGAAGGCUCGCUGUCUCCUUCAUUAACACUUCUCACCUCUCUUGAAGUCCUUGAUCUUGGAGGACUCAUCGGUCUUGCCGGAACAAUCCCAACAUCUAUUGGUUUUCGCCUUCGAAAACUCCGGAAACUCCAUCUCUAUGGCAACAAGUUAAGUGGCCCAGUCCCCGAAAACAUUGGGAAUCUUUCGAAACUUGAAGAACUUCACUUACACGAAAAUGGAUUAUCUGGAGCCAUUCCUUCAAGUCUGGGCAAUCUACAAAAUCUAAAUGAGCUGUUUCUGUAUUCAAAUCAAUUCACUGGUAAGAUACCGGAUUCAUUCGUUAACUUGACGAAUCUGGUACGUUUGGAUCUUCAUAGCAAUAAUUUCUAUGACCACAUACCAGAAAAGAUUGGUGAAUUACAGAUGUUGGAAGAACUUGAUUUCUCAAGCAAUCUCUUAGGAGGAAAAAUUCCAACUUCAGUGAAUAAUCUAUCUGUUAUUUCAGUCCUCUACUUGGAUGAUAACUAUCUUGAAGGGGCAAUUCCAUUUCCAUCUAGCCAUGGCCUAAUGCGUUCCCUCAGCUUCUUAAGACUGAAUAAUAACAACCUUACAGGACGGAUACCACCGAAUUUCGGGUCUCUUGUAUCCCUCCAGAGAGUCUCCCUGGAGAAUAACAAGCUUCAGGGAGCGAUUCCAGCUAGUUUGGGUUACCUACAAGAUUUGACAGAGUUAUAUCUUUAUGGAAACCAGCUUUCUGGCCACAUACCAAAAUCAAUUGGUCAACUCUCUAGACUCUUGAUCUUUAGUAUUUCUCAUAACUUGAUUAAUAGGCCACUGCCUAGCAAGAUGUCUUCCCUGCAAAAUCUUCAAACAAUUGAUCUAUCGUUUAACCCUUUAAACCUCUCUUCAAUCCCAAGAUGGUUAGCAGAAUUGCCAUCUCUUUCCCGAAUACUCUUGGCAGGAGUUGGAAUCGAGGGAAAAAUUCCAGAGUUCUUAAGAAAUACUGCAAGUCCAAUACAGGAACUGGAUUUAUCAGCUAACCAUCUGACGGGAAGCAUACCGGCAUGGCUUGGAAGCCUCACUCAGCUCUACUCUGUGAAUCUCUCAUGGAAUUCACUUGUUUCAGAGAUCCCCAAUACAAUUACUAACUUACAGGACUUGGGUGUACUUGAUCUCCACUCGAAUAAGCUAACCGGUCCAAUAAGUCAGGUUUUUGAGAUAGGGCAAAGGUUUUCUGGUGGUUCACUGACAUACAUAGAUCUCUCAGACAACAGCUUUUCAAGUGGAAUAGAGAUGAUGGGUGAAGGACAAAUUGGGAUUCAGUUUCUCAACUUAUCACAUAAUUUUCUCAAAGGGCGGUUACCCAUUUCCAUAGGGAGAUUGAGAUCACUGAGAGAUCUAGAUUUGAGCCACAAUAAAUUAGGUUUUGAGUUGCCCAACACUCUUGCAAAUGAAAGCUUAUUAGAGACACUGAAGCUGCAGAAAAACCAGUUUAGUGGAAAAAUACCGCGCGAAUUUUUGAAUUUGAGAAAGUUGAAGGAAUUGGAUUUAUCAGACAAUCUUUUGGUGGGGGAAAUUCCUGCAGGCACUCCACUGAGUAACUUUCCUGAAAGCUCCUACUCUGGCAACAGAGGUUUAUGCGGCAGGCCCCUUUCUCCCUGUAAAGCUAAAGCUUUAGUAAAAUCCGUUGUCCCCACAAAUUGAUGUAUUACCUUCUCAAGUUAUAGCCUUUAUCUUAGGACGACCUGUUCUUCAUUCUUCUUCAUAUCCUGAUAUCACAACUGUAUUACAUGUAACCGUUUUGCAAAUCAUUUGAUCCGACCAAUCUUCUUAGUA